UCCAAAUUCCCAAGUCAGCUCUCCACCACAUUGUUGCUUCAAUUCCAGUUCUAUUCCCCAUUUCCCAUCAACACCUUUUUACUAUAUAGUUCUUAUUAUUAAUAUUUAACACUAAGUAGCUACAUAUACCAUAUCUAUUUAUAUCUAUAGCCAUGCCUGAGGCUCCUAAUACUAGCAGCAUCAUUGAGCAAAAGAAUAAGAAAGCACUGAAAUACAUUGAGGAUGUUACGAGCAACGCUGGUGAAAUUCAGAAAAGGGUCCUCGCUGAGAUCCUUUCUUCUAGUGCACACGUUGAGUACCUUCAACGCCAUGGCUUAGAUGGGUGCACAGACAGUGACACUUUCAAGAAGAUCAUGCCUGUGGUAACAUACGAGGAUUUAAAGCCAGAUAUUGAUCGUAUAGCUCAUGGUGAUACCUCCCCCAUUCUAUGUUCCAAACCUAUUUCUGAGUUCCUCACUAGCUCUGGAACUUCUGGUGGGGAGAGAAAGUUGAUGCCAACCAUAGAAGACGAACUAGAGAGGAGAUCACUGCUCUACAGCCUCUUGAUGCCAGUGAUGUCUCAAUUCGUUCCUGGUUUGGACAAAGGCAAAGGAAUGUACUUUCUGUUCAUAAAAUCCGAAUCCAAAACCCCUGGUGGACUCCUGGCUCGUCCAGUUCUAACCAGCUACUACAAAAGCUCACACUUCAACAACACCAAAACACACUCACACGACCCCUACACAAACUACACUAGCCCCAUUGAAACCAUUCUCUGCCUAGACUCUUACCAAAGCAUGUACUCUCAAAUGCUAUGUGGACUUUUUUUAAACCACCAAGUUCUUCGCGUUGGCGCAGUUUUCGCCUCCGGUUUCAUCCGUGCCAUCAAGUUCCUCGAGAGGCAUUGGCUCAGGUUGUGCCACGACAUAAGACAUGGGACCAUAGACCCUGAAAUCACCGACUCCUCAGUUAGAGAGGCUGUUAUGAAGAUUCUUAAACCCAACCCCGAGCUUGCGGAUUUCGUAGAGGGUGAGUGCAAGAAGGGGUGGUGGAAGGGGAUCAUUACUAGGUUGUGGCCGAAUACUAAGUAUGUUGAUGUUAUUGUUACUGGGACCAUGUCUCAGUAUAUUUCGGUGUUGGAUUACUAUAGCGGUGGCUUGCCUCUUGUUUGCACCAUGUAUGCUUCGUCUGAGUGUUACUUUGGCCUCAACUUGAACCCUUUGUGUCAACCCACUCAGGUGUCUUACACGCUCCUUCCCACCAUGGCAUACUUUGAGUUCUUGCCGCUUGAUAAGACAAAGGAAUGUUUGGUUGAUCUUGUGGAUGUUGAGUUGGGUCAAGAGUAUGAGCUUGUGGUCACCACCUAUGCAGGACUUUAUAGGUACCGCGUUGGUGACAUACUCCGUGUGGCAGGAUUCAAGAACAAGGCUCCUCAAUUCAACUUCGUGUGCCGAAAGAACGUGGUUUUGAGCAUUGAUUCCGACAAGACCGACGAGGUUGAGCUACAAAACGCUGUGAAGAAUGGAGCCAACCAUCUGGCACAAUUCGGUGCAUCACUCACCGAAUACACAAGCUGCACCGACACGUCCACUAUCCCUGGCCACUAUGUACUAUACUGGGAAAUUAGCAUGAACAAUAAGAAUGAUCAAAUUCAGACCCCAAUUCCCGCUUCUGUUUUUGAGGAGUGUUGCUUUGCAAUUGAAGGGUCUCUCAACAGUGUGUAUCGACAAGGAAGGGUGUCAGAGAUCAUUGGACCAUUGGAACUCAAGAUAGUGGAGAGUGGAACAUUUGACAAGGUUAUGGACUUUGCUCUUAGCCAGGGUGCCUCCAUAAACCAGUAUAAGACACCUCGUUGUGUCAAAUAUGCUCCAAUUGUUGAGCUUCUUGACUCCAAGACCGUUUCUAAUUACUUCAGUCCAAAAUGCCCACACUGGGUUCCUGGUCACAAGAAGUGGUGCACCCUUGACUCCAAAUAAUGAUACUAGUGUAGGUCCACCAUAAUUUGCUUUUAACUGUGAUUUGUUGUGUUGAAUCGUUGAAAAAAAGAUCAUGGUCCAUUUAUGUUGUAGUGUCUUUCAAGUUUUUAUUAUUAUCCAAUCUAAUGUAAGAUCUUUUGUCUAAGAAUUCUCCUACCCAGUACUUUUUUAUAUUAGUAGUUAGUAAGUUAUAUUAACCCAAAGAAUAAAUUUCUCUUUAUCACUCUAACCCUA